AAAGAUUUGAAAAAGGUUAUAAUUAGAGUUCAAGGAAAAUUCUCAAUCAUUAAAACAGAAGUUGAUAGAAGCAAAAUUAAGCUUAUUAAGAUGGUAGCAUCUGAUAUUUGUGUACUUAAUCUUGAAGAAGAUGACCUACCAAAAUUAUCGCUAUCCAUUACAUUAGUAGGCACAGCAUCUAAUAAUUCAGAAACCAAUGAUGAUAAAGUCAUUUUGAAAUUAAAUGCUAGAGAAUAUAUUGACAACCAAAAUAAUAAAUCUCUUUCAUUUGAUUUAUAUCAUUUUUCAGAAGAAAGUCAUUUGUUGCCAAUUACAAACAAGGUUUUACAUGAAUCAUCAUUAUAUAUUACUGGAUCUCUAUCUCUUAUCGAUGAUCUCUUACUUGUCAGACUUACACAAAUUAAUUUUAUUGAAAACACUCGCUCAUCACUUAAUAAAACUUCAAGCUAUGCUUGGGAAAAGAGAGAAGAAAAGGAAUCAACCACGCAAUCUAUCCUAUGA